AUGGCUCAGCAUGUAGCACGCGCCACUCAAACCUGGCAACCCCUAAAGUACCUAAAAUUCCAGCGCCAGCGUCUGCGCCCAGCACUGGAGCUGCUCGCGCGGGUGUCAGAUUUCCCCACUACUGACGACGACUCGGUUGAGAUCAUCGACCUUGGCGCUGGCACGGGCAACAUGGCUCCAUCAUUCCAGAAGCGGUGGCCCAGUGCUCACGUGACGUUCGUGGACUCGUCUACUUCGAUGCUGGAGGUCGCUCAACAGGAGCACGACGAGAACGAGACCCUUAACACGCAGGGUUUCGCUUACGUCCAGGCCGAUUUCGAGACCUAUGCGCCUGAGCGACCCGGAAACUUGAUUUUCUCCAAUGCUGCGCUACAGUGGGUGAGUGCCGACAAGCACAAGCAGAUCCUUCCCCGUUUGUAUUCGUUCCUCAAGCCUGGUGGCGUUUUGGCCUUUCAAAUCCCAGACACUCGUUUACAGCCGAGCCACCAGCGUAUGGUCGACGCAGCGGCGCAUUUGGGACUCAGUGACCGCGUGGCUGGCGUUCGAUGGGUCACCUGUGACAAAGACCCGAGUUUCUACUAUGAGCUGUUUAAGGCUGUCGACGGCGGCGUGGAGCUCGAUAUGUGGGAAGCUACAUAUGCGCAGGUCCUGGAGGGAGACAACCCCGUGGCCGACUUCACCGGCUCCACAGAUCUUCGUCCGUACAUGGAAGCGCUGGGUGAGCCGUCUGAGGACGCCACCAAGUUCGAACAAACGUACCGCGAAAUGAUCGCUGCGGCGUACCCGAAACAGAGCGACGGAAACACCAUCUUCAACCUCAAACGGUUUUUCGUCAUGGUAACCAAGCCGGUUACUUAA